UGUUUGGCCGGUUCCUCCUCCUCCUCCUCCGUCAUGCUGCUUUGCCCCCCAUCCCCCUCCCAUUGGCUGCCAGCCGUCUAAACAGCUCCAGCUGCAAUCCCCGCUGCCGCUGCUGCUGCAACGAGCUGCCGGCUAUUAGAUCACCUCAUCCCGCACAGCCUCUGCCUCCGCCGGUCUGCAAGCUCACGGACCAUUGCCAACACUUCCAUUAUGACGGGCGUUGCGGCUGCCUCCUUCUUCUCCAACGUUUGCCGGUUUGGCGGAUGCGGGCUGCACUUUGAGUCCCUGGCCGAGCUCAUCGUUCAUAUCGAAGAUAACCACAUCGAUACAGAUCCCAGAGUUCUGGAGAGGCAGGAGCUGCAGCAGCCCACAUACGUUGCCCUGAGCUACAUUAAUAGAUUCAUGACUGAAGCAGCCCGCAGAGAGCAAGAAACUCAAAAGAAGAAGGUCCAACCCAAAAUUGCUAUAUCAGUAACGGGAGGUGUAUCGCGUAACAGUACAGCGACGCCUCCGCGACAUAGCAACGGCAGCCUAACUCCACCCGUCACCCCUCCCAUCACACCCUCGUCCUCCUUCCGCAGCAGCACACCUACAGGCAGUGAGUGUGAUGAGGAGGAAGUGGAGUAUGAAGACUCUGACAGCGACGAGUCCUGGACUACAGAAAGCGCCAUCAGCUCAGAAUCCAUCCUCAGCUCCAUGUGUAUGAACGGAGGCGACGAGAAACCCUUUGCAUGCCCUGUUCCAGGAUGCAAGAAGAGAUACAAGAGAACCGUCUUUUAUUGUCUGAAUUGGAAGGACAUUGAUCUCAGGUCACAAUACAGCUGCCAACUUUCUGACAAACAAACCAGGAAACCGGAGAAACUCACUUCCACUCACUUCGUUCCAGAACAUUCCACACACUAUCAAAACGGCUGACUUUACACUGUGUAAAGUUGGCUUUCCAAAGUUUGUUUUGCAUGUGGCUAGAAUGAAGACAGCACCUUCAUUGUAAAAUUCAAUUCUCUGCAUGAGGCCUUUUCCAGACGACUGCAAGCAGUUAUGUGGCUCAUGCAUCUAGUUGUAUUUGAGUUCUGAGCAAUAUUUUAUCCAACGAUCCCCGAAUGAAAUCACACUUUUGUCGAAGCCAACAAUAAUCGCAUUGGAAAUGCGGUGCAACGACAGCCUGAAGAGAGACAAAGGGCAGAUUUAUUCUGCCCUGUUACCCCUGCUGCUUAUAUUCCAGCAGUGCAGAAGUGCCAAGUUAUUCUUCUCCAACUGAAAAAGAAACAUGGAUGAUCUGCCAAACACAACGGGUCACAUCUGGGUAUCCGGUUGGUGCCUGUUAGUGGAGGAGCCUUAAAGAGGACCUAAACUUCUGUUUGUGUACUCAGCCUUGCAGUAUUUUUUUGUCAGUUUUAGCUCGUAAGAUCCUUAUUUCGGUCGUUGCUGUUGAUUCGCUUUUAUUUUUGACACAUUUGGGACUGUCCUUGUGGUUGUUUUUGUGUAAAUGUAUUUGUUAGCCCUCUGCUUGCCUUGUAUUCUAGGCUUGCUUAGCAUGACACGACUUCCGGCUAAGCUGCUCUGCUGUCUCUUGGCUUGUAGUCUUACUGUUACAAUCUUUGUUGUCAAAAGUAUUAAAUCUUUACGUUAUAUUGUUACUGCUAGUAUUACAGUUCGAUAGUGCCAGAUGCAUAGCUACGCCUGAAUAUAUUUUCUCAACGUUAAUUCUUGAACGGUUUUACAUCGGUCCUGUUGUCCGCCAAAUAAAGCAUACCACAGUUUACACAAGUAAAACAACUUUUAAGAGCUUCAACUUUUUGUGCAGAGAAGAACCAAGUAAGCUUUCCUAUCCGCUAGUCUGUUUUUCUCGGUAAGGGUCGGUCAUUAAAUUAAACAACACGGACCAAAAAUGGCACUGCCAAAUCUCCAGAUAUGAAGCUUGGAAAAACAAGAUGCUGGUACAGUGAUGGCAUCAGAUUGUGUUACCAUGGAUCUUUGAUAUGUAUACCUUGGUAUUUAUAUGGUACUUUAAGGUAUUCUCAGGGUACAUGUCCAAAAACAUGGUAAUACUUUUACCAUGGUACUUUUUUUUGUCAGAGGUGCCAAGAUGGGACAGAGAAUUUAGAGUCGAUAUGGACAAAAUGUUCCAUGUUGUCCAUAUAUUUGGUGUCAAAUGGCCCCUGGGACCAGGAUCUGUAUUUAAACAUUAAAAUUGAGGACAAUACCUAUGAUUUUUUUUUUUUUUUUUUUUGAAAUUGAAUGAAUGGAUAGUUUCUAUAAUUCAGAUGCCAAAAACUGAAGCUAGGGAAUGAAGACAGUGUUGGGUGCCUAUCCAUGAGUGACUCAUUGUUGAUGACUCACUGUCCUGUUAUUUUCCAAUUCAUCCGGUGUCAUGUUUGUUUAUAUGUGUGUAUUUUUUGACGCUGUACCAGUAACCACAUUUGUACCUCUUUUUGGCUACAGAGUCAUUGGGUCUCACCUUUGACACACAAACUAGAACCUGUUAAACAUGAUUUUACUGGAUAGGAUCCGUGUGAUUCCUCACACCUACAAUGUAGUAAUGUGACUGAGAUGCAUUUAUUUUGGAGGGAGUUUGAUAUACUAUAUAGUGAAUGUAUUGUAUUGCAAGUCUUUUGUAAAGUGCUUUUGAAAUUAUAUUUUCGUACUGUAUGUUUUUGUGGAAAAUGUUUUGUGGAACCGAGGCAAUUUGUAUGCAAGAUGAUGUAUGCGUGUUUUUGUGAGCGAGUGAGUGAGAGACUCUUUUGAGAUGUCUUUAUCCUUAAGCUGCAAUGUAAACUUUAGGACAAUGUUACAAAAAUAAAGAAAACAAACAAG